AAAUAACGUCAACAAAACUGACGUGGAAGUAAUAUACGCAUUGUUUUAGACGUUUUUCUCAGGUUUUGUCGUCAUAUGCUGUUAAUUUGAAAACUUUAGAAUAUUGAUAAUGUCUGAUACAGAUGAGGAUGCAUUUGCAAGUGCAGAUGAAGGAGAUGUUAGUACAUCCAUUGACAAACCAAAACCAACCUUACAAAAACCAGAUGAAUCCGGGGACAGUUCUGACAAAUUGAAUGUCCAAUCACAAUCAGACAUUAAGAAAAAUAUUGACCAAUCAGAAGGUGCUAUAAGCAAAACAUCUGACCAAUCACAAGGCAAGAAAUCUGACCAAUCACAAGGCAAGAAAUCUUCACCCAAGAGUGAUUCUGCUGUGUCACAGACAAAAGGCAAAAAAGGAAGGAAUAAAAAAUCUAAAAAUAAAAAAGGAAAGGGAAAUGAUGCAAUUGAAAAGGAAACUGAAAAAGAAGAGAAUAAGCAUGUGGCUGAAUCUGAAACUAAAUCUCCAAGAUCUGAUAAUUUGGACACAAACAUAUGUGAAAAUGUAGAAUCAGUGAAAGAAGAUAUAAAAGACAAUGAAAUAACAGAGUCCACUACUGAUUCAAACCCAACUGAUAAAAUUGACGAUUCUGAAGAUAAAACUGAUAAAAUUAACUUAAAAGAUGAUGGACAAGAGGCCAAAGAAAAUAUAUCUUCUGACCUGCAGGAACUAUUAAGUCCCCAGAAGGAGGAAAUUCCAAGAGAUACAACUCCAACAAGGAAAAUUCAAAGGCGAUCUGUGAAAGAAGAUGGGGGUGAUAUCGAGCAUAGUGAAAAGGAAGAGAAUAUUCUAGAAAGGUUAUCAGGUGCCGCCACCUCUUUUGAUACGACACAUACUGAUGUAGAAGAGAAUGUUUUGGAUAAACUUUCAGGUGCUGCAAAUGCAAAAGAAAAGAGUGGAGGCUGGGGGUGGGGAUGGGGAGGUUCAAUUCUUUCAACAGCAGCCACAUCUGUGUCAACAUUUACAAACCAGUUAGAAGAGGGUUUCAGUACAGUUCUUGAGACGGUAGAAUCCAGCCUUGGUGUUCCUGAUCCUGAUGAGAUUGCCAGAAUACAAAAAGCUAAGAAUGAAUCCCCAGUUAAUGAGGACUCUAAUGGUGCUGUCAGUUCUACAAGUGAUGCUGAUGAAGAAAAUGAGGAAGAAGAGGAUGUUGUCGCUAAGCAACCAGAAAAGGCUGCUCCCGUUGAAGAAGAUAAGGCAGCUGCAAAACCAGAGAAGGAGAAAGACAAUGAUGACUGGUUUGGAAGUUGGGGUCUGUCCUCUAUCAACAAGGUUGUUGAGAAGACAGUCAAUACAGUGGAGAAAACGGGCAUGACUCUGGUGAGUGGUAGCAUUGAUGUACUCGAGACUGUAGGGAAGAAGACAUAUGAUGUUGUCACAAAGCCAGACCCUGGAUUGAAGAAAACAAGACAGAUGUUGGAUGGUGGUGACAAGCCAAACCUAUCUUCUAUGCUGCGCCAAGCUAAGGAUGAGAAUGAGCAGAGGUCCAAGAUGGAAGAAGAGGAUGCAGAGGCAAGACAGGCACACUUUGGGACAUUGUUUGAUGAGUACAAAGGUCUGGUCCACCUUGAAGCCCUAGAGAUGUUAUCUAACCAGUGUGAGGUCAAAGUUCAAAGUCUGCUUGGUGCCCUACCACAAGAUAAAAUCUCUUCACUCAAGCCAGACCUGAUUGCUAUCAAGGAGGCAUUUGAAAUUGAAGACUUGGAUGAUGAUGACGAAGAUAUGGAUGAGCAUGAUUUUGAACAGAUACUCUCAGAGCACUUCUCUGAACUUCAUAUAGAUGGCGUAUCUCCCAGUAAACUCAUAAAUGUUCAGAAAAAUAUCAGGGAUGGCUUAGAAGGAUGUGCACAGUCAGAGGAAGAAGAUGCUGUAAAUAAAGACUGCAAGGAGAUUCACAAAGUUGGUAUCCAAGCAUUGGCUGAGUUGACAGCUAGGUCAGUGGAGCAAUUCAAGAAAAUAGGGGAGCUGGCACUUCUACACAAAGACAACGUUACAAACUUCACUGUCAGAGCAAAGACAAUUGCAAAUGUUACUAGGGCUCUUUGUACAGAAGUGGGAAUCUUAUCAGUGAAGUUCUCCCAGACUCUCAACACAGCGGCCAACAAAUCAGACAACCCUGAUUCUGUAAAUCCUCUCAUUACUAACAUAUACCUUGAGGCUACAAACAGCAGUACAUACAUACAGGAUGCCUUCCAACUGCUCCUGCCAAUACUCCAGCAGGCCACACUGGAGAAAGAGUAGACUUUAAUAGGGAUUUAUAUAUAGUAGGGCGAGGGUAUACAUCAGUGCACAUCAUGAAAGCCUUCAAAUAGCAGUAACAAAUAUGCAGGGCACCUUCCAACUUCCAGUCCCACAACAAAGUAUAAGUCAAACUUGAGAGAGUAGAUUCUUGUAUGCUUAAGGUGGGGAUACAUAUAUGUAUAUUAGUUUACUCCAUGAAAGUCUACAAACAGUAGAAAAUGCAUCCAGGGCACCUUCCAGCUUCUACUCCUUGUAACCCAAAAUAAGACAAACUGGAGAGAGUAGAUUCAAACAAGAUCUUAUGUAUUAUGUUAGUGGAAGGGUUCUCCGAGCAAGGUUCUCCAGCUGCAGUAACAUGGAUUGAGUACAAACUCAGGGUAUGACUCCUUAGUCAUGUCCACUAGCAUAUGGAUAGUGUUUAAGGAUUUAA